CAUUACUACUACUACUACUAUUGCAGAAGCCGAUUUGUCGCCGUUAUAAAGGCAUUGCCUUGACCCAUUGCGUUGUGGCAUGAUACAGUACCAUUAAUCUUAGAUUCUACAAACCAGGAAGAUUGUCGCAGAUGCUAACACUGCUAAAAGACCCCAGAAGGAUACUAUGAAAUAAUGGGUGAGACAGUUCCCGGAAAUGUUAUUCCAGAAUGGGCUAGUGUGGACCCGAAUGUCAUUGGUGAAUCCGUAAAAGCCAUCGAGGACAAGUGGAAGUUGGUUCCUGCCUUUUUGCGUGUCAAGGGCCUAGUGAAGCAACAUAUUGACUCGUUCAAUUACUUCAUAAAUGUUGACAUAAAAAACAUUGUCAAAGCCAACAGUAAGAUAACUAGUGAUGUGGAGCCGCUUUUCUAUGUCAAGUAUAAGAAUGUCAGAGUUGAAAAUCCUAAUAUUGAAGAAGGGAUUAAUAUAUCAGAUAAAACAUCCCCACAUGAAUGCCGACUCCGGGACAUAACUUACUCUGCUCCCAUUAUGGUUGAUGUAGAGUACAUGAGAGGAGAUCAUCGAAUAUUCAGGAAGGAUAUCCCAAUAGGCCGCAUGCCAAUCAUGCUCCGUUCCUCCAAUUGUGUCCUUUCCCAGUGUCGAACUCCAUCUGAACUUGCUAAACACAAUGAGUGCCCUCAUGAUCCAGGUGGAUACUUUAUUAUUAAAGGUCAAGAAAAAGUUAUCCUCAUCCAAGAGCAGCUCUCUAAGAACAGAAUGAUUGUGGAAGAAGACAAGAAAGGGGGCUUGACAUGCCAGGUAACUUCUUCCACACAUGAAAAGAAGUCUCGCACAAAUGUCAUAAUAAAGAAUGGGAAGUAUUAUUUAAAGCAUAAUACUCUGACAGAUGAUGUUCCUGUUUGCAUUGUUUUUAAAGCUAUGGGAGUUACUAGUGACCAGGAGAUUGUACAAAUGAUAGGCACAGAAGAUAGGAUCAUGACUACCUUUGCAGCAUCAUUAGAAGAAUGUGCUAGAUUGAAUGUUUACACUCAGACACAGGCUUUGAAAUUUAUUGGCAAUAAAGUUCGUCAAAAAAGAUUUUUUGACCGAGGCAUAAAGAAGAGCCCAGUUGAUGAGGCUCGUGAUUUGUUGGCCACUACAAUUUUGGCUCAUGUUCCUGUUGAGAAAUUCAAUUUCAAAAUGAAAUCAAUAUAUUUGGCACUUAUGGCACGGAGAGUCAUAGAGGCCCAGGGAGACACAAGGAUUGUAGACGAUCGAGAUUACUAUGGUAAUAAGAGGUUAGAGUUAGCUGGGUCACUCAUCUCCUUGCUUUUUGAAGAUUUGUUCAAGAAAUUUAAUGCAGAAAUUAAGAAGAAAUCAGAUAGCAUGCUGUCUAAAAAAGGAAAAGUGUCUCAGUUUGAUGCCGUAUCCUAUAUGCAGUCUAGACAGGACUCUAUCACAAAUGGUUUAGAAGUAGCAAUAUCAACAGGCAACUGGACUAUCAAGCGUUUCAAAAUGGAACGUCAAGGUGUCACUCAGGUUCUGUCUAGGCUGUCAUAUAUUUCAGCUCUUGGCAUGAUGACCAGAGUUAACUCUCAGUUUGAAAAGACACGCAAAGUUAGUGGUCCCAGGUCUUUACAGCCCUCCCAGUGGGGUAUGGUUUGCCCAUCAGAUACACCAGAGGGAGAAUCUUGUGGUUUAGUUAAGAAUCUUGCUCUCAUGACACAUAUUACAACAGAAGUUGAUCCUGAACCCAUUAUUGAAUUAGCCUUUAAUUGUGGAGUAGAGGAUAUUAACCUCCUGUCUGGAGAAGAAUUGUCAAACAGGGAUGUGUUUUUAGUAUUUCUUAAUGGCAAUAUCAUUGGCGUGACAAGAGAGCAUCGCAGAGUGGUUAGAGUUUUUCGUGCAAUGAGAAGGAAUGGAGUUAUAAGUGGUUUUGUGUCCAUUUAUCCCCAUAAUAAGCACCGUUGUGUUUACAUCAGUUCAGACGGAGGCCGUUUGUGCCGUCCUUAUAUUAUAGUAGAGAGUUGUAGGUCAUCGGUAACUGAUGAUCACAUCAGGAAGUUAAAUCGAGGAUUAAUGUCUUUUGAUGAUUUUCUUCAUGAAGGACUCGUAGAAUAUUUGGAUGUAAAUGAAGAAAAUGAUUCUAACAUUGCCAUGUACGAGCAUGAAAUCACAGCCAAGACAACACAUAUGGAAAUAGAGCCAUUUACAAUUUUGGGUGUAUGUGCAGGUCUUAUCCCAUACCCCCACCAUAAUCAAAGUCCUCGUAACACUUAUCAGUGUGCUAUGGGUAAGCAAGCUAUGGGAACCAUAGGUUACAACCAAAGGAAUAGAAUUGAUACUCUUUUAUACAAUCUUGUUUAUCCACAUCGCCCAUUGGUUAAAACUAGAACCAUUGAACUUAUCAAUUUUGAACAUCUCCCAGCAGGACACAAUGCAAUGGUUGCAGUUAUGAGCUAUUCAGGUUAUGAUAUUGAAGAUGCCAUCGUUAUAAAUAAAGCAUCUCUAGAUAGAGGCUAUGGCCGUUGCAUAGUAUAUCGAAAUGCAAAAUGUUCAGUCAAACGGUAUGCUAAUCAGACAUCUGAUAGAGUGCAAGGGCCUCUUAUGCAAGUGUUGGAUAAUGGAAAACAGAAAGCAGUUUGGAAACAUGAAACUCUGGACAGUGAUGGAAUAGCAGCUGUUGGCAACCCUGUUUUGCCCCGGCAGGUUCUCAUCAACAAACAAAUGCCAACAGUUACACAGUUGAGUUAUACUAAUGAGCAGCCCUCAAGAAAAGUAGAAUUCAGGGACACACCUGUUGUGCACAAAGGACCAGGAACUGUUUAUGUAGAGAAAGUCAUGCUUUCAACAGAUCCAGAUGCUUUCAAUCUGAUCAAGAUUCUCCUGAGACAGACCCGUCGUCCUGAAAUUGGUGACAAAUUUUCUUCCCGUCAUGGUCAGAAAGGUGUAACUGGGCUGAUUGUACAGCAAGAGGACCUCCCUUUCUCAGACCAAGGGAUAUACCCUGACAUGAUCAUGAACCCCCAUGGUUUUCCUUCUAGGAUGACUGUUGGAAAACUUAUGGAACUUUUGGGUAGUAAAGCUGCUGCACUAGGAGGUAAUCUUAAGUAUGGAACAGCCUUUGGUGGAACUUCAGUGAAAGAUAUUAUGGAAGAGCUAGUUAGAUAUGGCUUUAAUUAUCAGGGAAAGGACAUUCUUUACAGUGGAACUACUGGUGAAGCUCUUCAGGGUUACAUUUUCUUUGGCCCUGUGUAUUACCAGAAACUAAAACAUAUGGUUAUGGAUAAAAUGCAUGCUCGAUCACGAGGUCCACGAGCAGUUUUAACUCGUCAACCCACAGAGGGGCGUGCUCGUGAUGGAGGCCUUCGACUUGGAGAAAUGGAAAGAGAUUGUUUGAUAGGACAUGGUGCAAGUAUGCUCCUUCUGGAACGUCUGAUGAUUUCCUCUGAUGCUUUCGAUGUGGAUGUGUGUAACUCAUGCGGCUUGCUUGGCUACUCUGGAUGGUGCCAUUACUGCAGGUCCUCUGCAAAUGUUUCUUCUAUCCGAAUCCCAUAUGCUUGCAAACUCUUGUUCCAGGAACUUCAGUCCAUGAAUAUUGUGCCUCGUUUGAGACUAGAAAAUUAUUGUACCUAAUCACGUUGGAUUAUUUAAUUUUUGUAUGAUGUUA